AUGGGCAAUCAAAUGAGUGUCCCACUAAGAACUGAAGUUCAGGAGAAGGAACCGGAAGCAGACACUUACAAGGUGAUAGCGGACAGUGAGCGUGUUCAGAAUGGGAACCCAGUGAUGGUGUCCACUCAGGUGAUUGAACACUCUGAUGAAGUCGAUUUGGGAAUAAGCAUCUCCGAGGAUAAUGUGGCUACUUCUUCCCCCAAGACAAUGGAGGCCCAAGCUGUGGCCAAGGCCAGCGGAAAGAAUCUUGGGAAAGAAGCCAAGCCCAAGGCACCAGCUGCUAGAUCGAGUUUUUUCUUGACACUCUCUCGGCCUGUACCAGGACGUCCCGGGGACCAAGGCACGGAUUCAUCGGCUGCAUUGGGCAAGCUUGAUGUCAGCCCCGGCACAGUGCCUGCAAACAAAGACCCAAGUGAGCACGGGGCACUUCCGGUGGCAGCUGCACCAGGGCCGGCUGCAGAUAAAACGCCAGGGUGUCCUGAGGCCAAGCAGCAGGCCUUCCCUGCCACCUGCCCGCCAGCGCCUUCACCACCUGAGUCCAGUGCAGAAGGCACCUCCAAGCCCAAGGACUUCAGCUUCUUCGACAAACUAUUUAAACUAGACAGGGGAAGAGAACGUGCCUCAGCUGGCAGCCAGUCCGAAGAAGCCAAGACAGUGAGAGACCAAGACCAGGCCGAGGAGGCCCCUGCCUUGCCAGGGAAUCCCCAUGGUGUCCCUGCUGGGGAG